UCGAAUAACACAGUGUGACCUGAGUAGAUUAUACUGCACACACAAUACGCUCCAGUCAGAGCCGAGUUUACCACAGCGGUUGAAUGUGACAGUGUUGUGAGGCUACCUGUCGGAAACACUGUGUUGUUGACGGACGUUGAGACUUUUAGGGAGUACGUUGAAAGUUUCUUAGAGAUGGCUAGAGCAAGAAAACCCAACCCUAUGGAAAAGGCACACAUACACAGACUAGAAGAAAACUGGCAUUUGAUUGAGGAAUUUCUGGAUAAAGACGAUAUCCUGACCAUUUUAUGUGACGAAAGACUUUUAGACAGAGACGACGUCGUGUUGAUUGAGGGGUACAGUACAAAGCAAGGUUUCAAAUAUUUGUUUGGAGCUCUAACUGAAUAUGGAGGAGCAAAUGGGCUUUCUAUUUUUGUUGAGGCUCUUAAAUCAAAGGGCAAAAAGUAUGCGACAAUCAUAGCAGAGCUGUCGGAGGAGUUCGAUGGAGAAACCAAAGAAGAGCUUGAAUUGAAAAGCUUAAAGAUAUUCCAACUAGAAGGUGAACUCGGAGAAGAGAUGAGGAAAAACAAGGUGCUUGAAAAGAAACUAGAGAAAUUAAAACAAGAAUCAGCUUCCAAGGACAAAGAAAUUAACCGUUUGAAGACUGAACUGAGUAAUGUCACAAAUGCGAGUGAAGGACACAAAUACCUCCACACAUCUAGAAAUAGAAGACAAACCACGGGCACGGUCAAACUUCUGCACAAAAGAAAGCAGAGCUUGAUCUGAAUUGGUAAUAAGUGAAAGGAAUAAGUACUCACAAUAUGCAUAAUCCAAAAAAACUAAAAUUCAUAUCAGAAUAUUACGACACUGCAAACAUACGUUUUCUGAGUCAGAUUUGAACGAACUGACUGAAAACUGAAACUGAGUUGAAUAUCCGAAAAUCAUCUCCUUAUAGCAGAGUUACUGGACGAUACCCCCAUCUAUAACUGUAGCUCGAGCAAAGAGGUACUCCAACACAUCACCAAUACUCAGACAGCUCCACUGGCUACCUGUCAAACAGCGGAUUGAGUUUAAAGAACUGGUAUUGACCCAUCAGUGUGUGUACGGUAAAGCUCCACAGAACCUGCAAGACCUUGUCUGUUUGUAUACCCCUUCAAAGUUGUUGCGGUCCAGCACCCUGUUUCAGCCGCAAGUGCCCUAAUAUAAACUGAACACUUUUGGCUACAGAUCAUUUCACUUUGCAGCAGCACAACUUUGGAACUCUCUCCCUACAGAACUAUUUCUUCAUGUGAACUCAAA